UUGUGAUUUGUUUUUCUAAAAAUACUUCGGGUAUACGUAUAGAAAUUUCUGAGCACCUAAAAAGUUCCAAUUUAAGUCCAUUUCGGCAAGUAUAUGAUAAUUCAUAAUUUACAAUAGUAUGCUUAUAUUAAAAAUUAAUUUUCAUUAAUACGACGACUGUACAUCAAAGUUGUUUGCAAACAAUUGUUAUUUUUUCAAUUGUUGAUACAAACGAGUUAAUGUGAUUGACAGGUAAAAUGAGUGAACAGUGGAAGUUACUUGGUGAGUUCCUACGUUUCGCGAUGUUUCUUUUAUCAAGUGAAUAGAUUGUAAAGUUGAAAAAUGACUACCCAGACAGACACAGAAUCAGACUUUAAUGUGUUACAAUUUGAGAAGAGACUCACUUCUUUAAAAGAUUCACAGGAAAGUAUUAACAACUGCUGUCAGUGGUGUCUCGAAAACAGAGUACACCACAAGAAAAUAGUAAAUGUCUGGCUCAAUGUGUUGAAGAGAGUUAAGGUGGAACAGAGACUUAUAUUAUUUUAUUUGGCCAAUGAUGUGGUGCAGUAUUCCAAAAAGAGGAAUUAUGAUUUUGUGGAUAGCUGGGGUACAGCCAUUCAGAAAGCCACCACAAUGGUUCGGGAUGAGAAAGUGAAACAUAAGAUUCUUAGAAUAUUCAAAAUUUGGGAACAAAGAGGCGUGUAUAAUGAAGAAUUCAUUUCCGAUUUGUGUGGACUAAUCAGUGUAAUACCAAGUGGCCCUAAAGGAGAUGAACCUCAUGAAUUUCAACCAAAUUACUUGAUAAACAAAAUUAAAACGUGUUCAAAACUAGAAGCUGAAACGGACACGAAACUACAGGAGCUAAAAGAACUAGAUUCACGACAGCAGCUACCAUUGGAGGAAUGUGGCGUGGUUGCGCUCAAAGAUCGCGCCCGUCUUGAUGAAAUGGAGAAAGAGAUCGAGGAAUAUGCCGGACGUGCUGAGAAUUAUGUCAACGCGCUCAAAAUCGAAAUUAAAAACCGCAUAGCCCUUAUUUCGGCCAUAAAGCAGGCGGCGACGCAUUUGGAGGCUGAUCGAAAGGAUGUCAAGAUGGUAGCUCAUGCAUACAAAAUGUUUGGUCUACGCGUGAAAACGUUUCAAAAGAAGCUGGAUGAGCACAUAGCAACGCUAUCAAGUCCGAUACCUUCGCCAGACGUCGACGCACCGUCUCCUAGUUCUUCCUCAGUAGAUUCCAUUAAUUUGCCAGAUGAACCAGCUGAGCAGUCCAGUAAAGUUGAGUCUAGCUUCAGUCCCAAGAUUCAAUUUACGAAUCCGGGUUACUACAACCCGGUGCAAAGCCGAGUAAGCGAUUCAUCAGAUAAUGGGAAUUUCACCAACGGUUUUAGCAGUUUUAUGGGCUCGAAUUUCGGUUUCAGUUUACAGAAUUCGGGACUGUUUCAGGGCGGCGCCGCACCUGCGGAAAGUUACGUACCGCCGCCAGUACAACCUGUACAGCCGGUACAGCCUGUACAGCAACCGCCACUGCCAAUGGCUGUCAAGACUCCUGACCCCUACAGUGUACCAUUGUUGCCACCGCCAAUGCCGCCAUUCACGGCUUCCAAACCAGAUACGGUCAACUAUGACGGCUACGGCAAUCCAGCCCCCUAUUGCCCCACACGCUCUGCCACCUAUGGACCAACUUAUGGAGAUACAUCAUUCACGCAAUCCAGUAGUUUCGAUUCAUCAUUAUACGGCGCCUCGAACGCGGACGCUUUCGGGAGCAGCGGAACCGUGCAGGCCGCUCCUGGAAAUGGCUAUGACGUCCCGGUUGACGAGUACAAUCCCGAACAGGAGAUGGAAUCGUGGGACACACCCGAGAGCCCACCUCCUUUCGAGAAGAAGAGUUUCGGACAACCCGUUGAAUACCAUGAUACUUCACAACACGAUAACGAUCAUCGUUCAAGCAUACUACCCUCAGUUGUCACCAUUGAUUUGGAGGAUUCAUUAAGCAGUUUGGGUGGGAAAGACGUGGACCAUAGAAACCUAAUAAGUUUAACGGGUUCACCAGGUACUGAAACCAACACACAAAGUAACGAUACUUGGAACAACUCCAUGAAUAAGGAUUACGGAUCUCAAAAUAACAGCAUCGAUUCUAACUACAGACUGCCGUUCGGUAUUGACCUAAAAUUGCCGCCACCUCCGCCUCCUCCGAGCAAAAGUCAAGACGCGAACAAGGAAUCGCCCGCCCGAAAGGACUCGGCGCUUAGGAAAUUCCAAGACAACGUUGAGUGCACCGACAUGGACAUGAGUGAUGAUGAUGCGGACGCAAGCUGUGGAGGUGUCUCCACUCCACUCUCGUCCAGCAAGGUCCACGAGAAUUUAAGAGUGGGAACGGAACGCAGAGUCAGUGAACGGUUUUCUUUGGAACCGCCACCUCCAUUGCCUGAUUUACCGGACGAUGUAGACGCGAAUAACUUCCUCGAUGAUCUCAACAACGAUUUGCACGAAUUUAGCAACCUGUCUGAUGACAUGCCGGUGGGCCACGAGCAUCAUACUCACGUUCCAGUUUGGGACACUACCCGGUUACAUUGUCCACCUUUUCCUUUCAAAGCACUAGCCCGCCAACAGCACCACCCUCAGCACUCAGACAAUGGUCCCCAUCAUAUGAGCCAGCCCCCUUCUCAGACAUUGGGUAUGGUGCCAAUGUCCCCUCAAUCAGGCAACAGUGGGUGGAUGGGACCAGACGAACACAGUCAACAUUUCCAGCAACAGCAGCCGCAGCAACAACAGCAACAACAGUCGGGCUGGAACGAUGCUGGCGCCGGAUUCUAUAGGGGCGGGCCCCGUGGUAAUCCGCGUCCCAGCGGCUUCAACGGUGCCUAUAACAAAAACUCGCCAAGGGGUGGAGGGCCCUUGCCCUGGAGGGGUGGCAGGGGCAAUUUUAGAGGUAGGUCGCCAAGGGGAGGCGGCAGUGGCCCCAUUAUGCACAGGGGCUCCCCAAGACACUUCAGGGGCAAUUUCAGGACCAAUUUCUGAUAGGGAGACUAGAAACACCCCUCGCUAUAUAGCCAGACAAUAUUAAUUUUUUUCCAGUUGCGUUUUUGUGUCUGGUUGGUAUUUGGGAUCGAUUGAAUGUGUAUUACAGAUUUAUAGUUGACUUAGGGGCAUAUAUAAACUAUUUGUAAAUUAAUUUAUUUGUCAUAUAUGAAGUACGUUGACAGUAGUUAAUUUUAAAGUCAUUUAUAAAUCUUGUUUUGAUUUUAAAAAUUAUACACAAAACUGUAAGUUGCAAUUGAUUUCAAAGUUGUUAAUUAACUAAAUUUAAAUUUUCAUUUAUGUAUAUAUAAUGAACGUGUAAUGCUGUAAUGAUCCCAAGUAUUUUCCAUAUAGAGAAAACCUACUUUGGAUGUAUUCAGUUAUAUGUACAUAAUACAUUUUUGGAUAUUUUCCUCAAAAUUCGUUAAUAAUUGUACAUAAAUUAGGUCAUACACAGUACCUGAUAUUUUUGAUUACAACUAUAAAUUUUAAGCAACUCCACUGUGUAUGAAAAAAUAUUUUGUUAUUUUCUCAAGUUAGUUACAUUUAGAAUGUUAGAACUGUUUCAUUAGACUUAAAUUAAACAGGUAUAGUUAUUUAAUAGAUAUUCAGCGUGAUGUGAUUGACUUUUUGUUAUACGCCUGUGUGACAGUCUUAUAUCAAGCAAGAAGUUCAAUCAAAAAACUGUUCCAUCAAUUUCUAGAUGUUGUUGACCAUGGCCAAUAAAUGAUAUAAAAUGUG